CAAAAAUAUGCAUAGCAAACCAUGACCAGGAGGUUAUGCGCAUCCAGUGUGUAUGAUAUAUUGAAUAUUCGUGCAAUUGAUUCUAGCAUUCGCCUCUACUUGAUAGCAUCCCGGUCGCUUGAAUUGCGUAGGAUUCGUUGCGGAGAAUAAUCUUCAUGUAUUUCGUCUCAACCUGAAUAAAGAGCUUGGCAGAAGUGAAUUGCAACAAGCAGCGUACACCGUAUAAUAAUACCCAACCUCACACACAUUCCGUACAAAUGUCGCUCACAACACUGAAAAGGAGGGUGGGAAGAGGACUAUCCAACAGUGGGCUGUCUAAUAGCAAGACGGCACUGAAGAGUUUUGAUGCAUAUCCCAAAACAAUCGAUGACUUUGCCGUCAAGACAUCCGCCGGUGGGCUGAUUUCUCUGUUUAGCAUGGUCUGUAUAGCGUUGCUGUUUCUGGGAGAGCUGAAUCACUAUCUAACAACAAAAGUACAAGAUCGGCUCAUCAUCGAUACGACACUCUCGCAACGACUUAAGAUUGAGCUGGAUGUAACGAUGCAUCACCUACCCUGUUCACAGUUGGGGGUAGACGUAAUGGAUGUGAGUGGUGAGUCUCAGCACGAGGUUUCAGACAAUAUUACCAAGCAGCGGCUGGACAAGAAUGGCAAUUACAUCUCUGCCGAUGUGAAUGAUGGCGCGGGGUUAUCUGUAGACGGCUUACCAGAACAGGAUAUGCUCGACCGUGCGCUGCAACGGCGUAAUCGCGGAAUGCAGCACGCCAAACUCAUUCUACCAGACGACUACUGUGGGUCGUGCUACGGUGCUGAGACGGAAGAGAUGAAGUGCUGCAACACGUGUGAUGAGGCGCAGCAGGCGAUAAAAGAUGCCGGGAUAUACGUACCAGACAACAUCGAGCAGUGUGUUAGAGAAGGUAAAGAAGAUCAUCUAGAGGCUGGCUGGGAUGAAGGCUGUAGAGUUCGCGGGUACGUCGAGGUGAAGAAGGUUGCAGGGAACAUUCAUAUAGCGCCCGGUCACAGUGCUGAGACGGGCCGAGCCCAUGUGCACGAUAUUCGGCGCUUCCCUGUUGAAAAAUUCAACUCAUCGUUUACUGUACAUCGCCUACAGUUUGGCAACAGCUAUCCUGGAUUGAUAAAUCCGUUAGACGGCACCUCACGAGUCGCACAACAAGGGUCUACUAUGUUUCAGCAUUUCCUGAAGAUGGUACCGACAGUAUAUGAAAAACUCGAUGGCGAGAACAUCGAAACAAAUCAAUUUUCUUAUACUGUGCACGAGCGGGUCAUUGAUGUAGCCGGUGGCGAUGGUGGACUACCAGGUGUGUUCUUCAAUCUCGAGAUGUCUGCGAUCAAAGUAGUGAUGACUGAAGAGAGACGUAGUCUCGCUCGCUUUCUCACCAGUGUGUGCGCUAUUGUUGGUGGUGUUUUUACCGUCGCGGGAUUGGUGGAUGCGACGAUAUACAGGUCGUCCAGAGCGAUUCAAUCGGCUCAGAAUAACAAGGCCAACUAGAAAUAAAAUAAGAACAGAUGUCA